AAGAAAUCAGUUGUGUUUUUACGUUUCUAGUAGUGUAAUUAAUUUCAGCGCUCUUUGUACGUGAAAUGCAACCGAAAAGUGUGAUUUCCACGGGGGGCAAAAAAUUCUAAACCGGUCGAACCGGCCUGAAGCCCACCCAGGGCUGCCAACCCCCACGUGAAUUACCCCUUUAAUUCCGCCGAAAUAACAAGUAGUCGCAUUAUUUAUCACCGUAGUGCUCCUUUGAGUGGUUGGGGCCCCAAACCGUGCCCCCCUGACGCAAACUUGUGCAAUGUUAUUGUUGCUUUGACCCGCGCCUAACUUCACAGUUGUGUCAAAUUCGUCGUGAGUGUUGUCCUCGAGUCAUUCCUCAAAACCAAAAAAUCUCAUCAUGUCAGACUGGGACACAGUGACUGUGUUAAAAAAGCGGGCCCCCAAAGCCUCCACAAUGAAGAGCGAGCAGGCUGUGAAUGCGGCGCGCCGCCAAGGCGUCCCCGUCGAUACCCAACUCAAGUGGGGCGCCGGGGGCAACAAACAGCACGUGGCGACGAAAAACACAGCGAAAUUGGACCGGGAGACUGAGGAACUCAAACACGAGACUAUCUCGUUGGACGUGGGGCGGAUCAUCCAACAGGGGCGACAGGCCAAGGGACUCAGUCAGAAGGACUUGGCCACCAAGAUCAACGAGAAGCCCCAAGUCAUCACGGACUACGAGGCCGGGAGGGGCAUCCCCAAUAACGUCAUCAUCGGGAAGAUCGAGAAAGUGAUCGGCUUGAAAUUGAGAGGUAAAGACCGCGGAAAACCACUCCUACCCCCGGGACAGAAGAAGUAAGUGUCCUGGGGGGAUGGCCAGUUUUUUUAUAAUUGCGUUAAGUGUCACGAGGGUCUUAGGAACUGUUAAAUUUAGGGAUUUAUGUACUGAACCCAAGUUGUUUCUAUUCAAAUUUUAUUACACUACAAUAAAUGUUACAAGGAGUCGGCGGCGAAUUCCUUAUUUCAGAACCAGUUUUCAGUUUCUAAUAAUAAAGAAAAACACAAGAAAUUGUUGUUUAUUACGCACUGAAACCCCAAUUAAUUCCAACUGUGCGAAACGAUUCCUCCACUUUUUUAUUAAUCAUCACGUGAAAGUAAUAAUUCGAAUAUUUAAGUGUGAAUUUGUUAUAAUUUUUAUUUAUUGUAUGUGGUAGAAUUAGAAAUAUUCCUUUACCGAAAUAUUUGUUAAAAAUAAAACAAUCAAUACCAAA